CACGUCGCUUCGCAUAUAAAGACGGGACAGACACUUGGGCAAAGGCCAGUCCGAAAUUUUUCGGUGCGAGCUCAACAGUGGAUUACAUCGAACGAAAAUGAGGGAGACGCUCAUCCUCGUUCUCCUUUAUAUCGGCCUGGCGGCGACGUCAGAUUUAUCGGGGUAUAAGCCCAGGGGGUGGCGUCCUAAUGGCCAGCAGUUUAAUCCCAAUAACAAUCGAUUGCAUGCGUAUUACGGAACCCCGGGAUUACAAAGCUACGAACCUCCGGAUACCGCGACUACCCAACGCGUCCCGUUAUUCACCAGCACGACCACACCGCGGCCGGUUGCGACCACCGUAAAAACCACGACGACGCCUCGCAGCAGGGAGCCAACGACAGUGCCAGGCGAGCAGGACGAUUUCGACUCCAAUCCGGCUCUGGCAAUCGCCAACUCCUUCGCAUUCAAUCGACCCGUGUACGUCUACAAUACCUUCCCGUUUCUACCGGCACAGAUUUUCGCGCAGUGACGCGAGAUGAAGGAUGACUGCAUACCGCGUGAGAUGCAUUAGAAUGGAUAAUGAGAAAUAUCGUCGGUCACGGUAGAAGCUCCCUUCUCUGAGCUUCCGAGAUUCCAGGCAUCGGAAUUAUUUAGAAUCUAUUAUCGCGUCAUUUAUGUAAGAGGAAUCUUAGAUCAAGAUUUAUUAUGGAAAUAUGUAUAUACGGAAAUAAAAGAAUUUGCUUCCAUAGCUAAAAACUAGCUGUCCUAAUUAAACUAAAAUGUUGUUAUUAGACCUAGUUUUUAACUAUGGGAACUAAUGCUUAUGACUAUAGCCGUAAAUGAAAAAAAAAGAAUCAGCUGUCAUAGUUAAAAACUAGGUUUAGUAAUUAAAUUUUAAUUAUAUUAUAUAGGCAACUAAUUUUGAGCUGUGGGAGCUAUUUUUUUUCUUUUCGUGCACAAGUAAUCUUUGCGUGAUUUACGUGUGUGAUCAUAAAAUUAAUACUCGUGCAGGGCUAGUAUUGUUUUGGACGUGUCUUGAUGUGUGACACGCCAAUUAACAUCACAUGUCAAUCAUUCAAUGUCAUUCAAGCUUUCCUGGCAUUUCUCUUGACUUCUUUCUUUUUAUACGUAUAAAUAUGUUGUAUAAAUAUAUGAAUAAAUCCUGCAACUUCUUGCGUGUCA